AUGGCCAAAUAUGCUAUCCAGAACUCGAAGCAGGUGGCCUUACUUGCCGCCGCCAUCGUCUUUACCGUCCUCCCUACGAUUGCCAUAGUGUGCCGGAUUUUGGCGCGCCGAGUAGCGAACAGAGCUCUGGAUUUGGUUGAUUAUUUGAUGUCAGUUUCUCUCUGUGUGCUUUCAAACAUGUUUACUAACGGGAGCUUCGUAGGUAUUUUCGAAUUCGGUGCCGGUAUACACACCUCCGAAAUUCGGGCCAUGUACGGGGAGCAUCCAAACCUGACCGGUAUUCAGGUUCUCAUCCCCAUCGAAGGUCUUUGGGCCCUCAGUCUCAGCACCUGCAAGCUCUCCGUCCUGCUUCUGUACCGACGACUCUUUCCCGUCCCCUACAUGACCCAUGCAGUCAAUAUUACCAUCGGCCUCAUCGUGGUGUUCCUCCUGACAGCCGUCAUCGGCAGCAUGGUGGUCUGCCAGCCCAUUGCAUACAAUUGGGACAAGACGAUUGCGGGAGGACACUGCGGGGAUCUGAUUGCCAUCAUCAAAGCGACAGGGAGUUUGAAUCUGGUGACGGAUGUGCUGGCACUUACCAUUGCCCUCCCGCAGCUCUACAUGUUGCAGUUGCCGCUGUACAAGAGGGCAGUUCUGUUGUGCGUCUUUGGGAUCGGAAUGAUAACCUGCGUCAUCAGCAUCCUUCGCAUUAUUUCCCUCGCGACAGUUGACUUCGACGAUCUCCCUUACACGUGCGUCGAGGCACUCAUCUACAGCGCCGUCGAGCCGUCUCUGGCUGUGGUCCUGGCCUGCGUACCGCUCCUACGGCCGCUCCUUAACCGCGGAAGAUAUUCGGAGACGGGAACACGGGUAGAUGCGUCUUCCCGGAGCCUGGGUCCCACCGGGGGAUACUUUAAAGCCUUGGGCGACGAUUCGUCGCAUUAUCGACUUCGACCGCUUGGUCCAAGGCACAACGCACAAGUUUCAGCCAGCAGGGAUAGGGACUUUGAAAAUGACGAUGAGGAUGGAAGUGAAAGGGGCAUCUUUGCCGCCGACAGGAUGCACAACUCAAUUCGGGUCAAACAGGAAUGGAAAGUCAGUCAGGAGGUCAAAGACGAUUCAAAAUUAUCAGCGGAAUCUCCGUCCAUGGCGUAG